AUGACACCGUACGAUUACCAUCUCAAGUUUGAGCUGUACGCGACGCCCGAUCCAAGUACGGCCGCGACCGCGACCACGCCAGGCGACCAAGCUAGCCACAGCAGCACCAGCAAACCCGCCACAUCCGAUCACGACAUCUGGAUUCCCGCCCCCGGCGCGAGCAUCUUCGACGAGCUUCCCUCCCACCCGCGCUCCCGAACCCGACAACAGCCCGCGCAACCGAUCCCCCCGCGCUGGCGCCAGUGGGACCUCAGCCUCGACGGUCCUCCCUACGGCGCCAACGCGAACGGCGAUAGCGAACACACGAGCACCACCCGCCGGGCGAGUACAUACAGCGGCGGCACCGUUUCCGUGCCAGCGAACUCGAGAGUCAUCGACUGCGGCGCGCGCCGCGGUGCCGCCGGGCCGGAGGGUACUGUGUCGUCCGGGAGGAGCGCGCGGCGGUUCCGCGAGCGGGACGAGCCGGCGCCGAGGGCCGAGGCCGGCAUCGGCCCGCACACGGCCGUCCGGGAUUGGCGUUUUGGUAGAGUCAGGGUCGAGAGCUUCGAUCUGGCUGGGGCUGCUGGAACGACGAGCGGCGGGGAUAUCGGGGUCAUGGCGGGGAACAACAACAACAACAAGCAUGAGGGGGGUGAGCCGGCUGCCACGGCUACGCCGGCUGCCACGGCUACGCCGGCUGCGAGCCUGGGGCCGAAUCUGGGCGGCAUGGGGCUGUCGACCAAGGCGAGGUACGCCCCGCUGGAGACUAAAAAUACCGAGGCGGGGUGGGGGGUUGUCCACCUAUACCGGGAGGGUGAUGAGCCGGGUGUGUUGGGAGGCGUUCAGGAGACACAUUAUGGGCCGACAGAGGGGAAUAGCAAGGGGCAGGAUGGCGCCGGGGCUGAUGAAGAGGGCACGAUUUUGUGCAUCCCGGCUGUCCCUAGCUACAUGUCGCCGAGCGACUUCUUGGGGUUCAUUGGGGAGAAGUGGAGGGGGUAUGUCAGUCAUUAUCGGAUGAUCAUGACCGGCAGGGUGAACCGAUACAUGGUUUUGAUGAAGUUCCGGGACAGCUGGAAAGCGGCGGAGUGGCGGAAGCAGUUUGACGGGAAGCCGUUUGAUAGCGUGGAAACCGAAAUCUGCCAUGUCACUUUCAUCAAGUCGAUCACAGUCGAGACACCGAACGAGACCAACACCCAAAGAAAACAUUCCGAGGGGAACAACGACCGCUUCUCACCUACCUCCCCGCUAGCCAACUCCCUCAAGCCGUUCCCACCGCCGACUCCUAACCUCAUCGAGCUCCCGACUUGCACGGUAUGCCUCGAGCGCAUGGACGAUACCUCCGGCCUGAUGACGACACUCUGCCAACACGUAUUUCACUGUACAUGCCUGCAGACAUGGAAAGGUUCGGGAUGCCCCGUCUGCCGGGCGACGAACCCCAAACCCACCGAGGAGUACGAUCCCGACAACCCGUACUCACAGCCGUUCGGUUCCGGCGUUUCCAACAUUUGCAACAACUGUAACUGCACCGACGACCUCUGGAUCUGCCUGAUCUGCGGCAACGUCGGCUGCGGGCGCUACAACGGCGGCCACGCCAAGGAGCACUGGAAGACGACGGCGCACAGCUUCAGCCUCGAGCUCCAGACCCAGCACGUCUGGGACUACGCCGGCGACAUGUGGGUGCACCGGCUGAUCCGCGACAAGGGCGACGGGAAGGUGGUCGAGCUGCCGCGGAACACCACCAACGACCGGCAGGCCAGGGCGGCCACUGCAGCAGCACCCGGCGGGGGCGGGGGCGGGGGCGGUCCACACCAAGAGGACGUCGUCCCGCGCGCCAAGCUCGACAACAUCGGCAUGGAGUACACGCACCUCCUGACCAGCCAGCUCGAGAGCCAGCGCGUGUACUUCGAGGAGAUGGUCAACAAGGCGGCAGACAAGGCGGCGCAGGCGUCGGCGGCGGCGGAAUCGGCCUCGGGCCGGGCCGCCGAGGCGCUGACACAGCUCGCCGCGCUGCGCGACGAGCACCGGGCGCUGAGGGACGAGACGGUGCCCGCGCUGGAGAAGGAGCUCGGCCGGGAGAAGGCCCGCGCGGCCAAGUCGGCCGAGCUGGCGCGCAGCCUGGGCCGGGCGCUCCAGGAGGAGAAGGAGGUCAGCGCGGGCCUGAUGACGCGCAUCGAGCACAUCAAGAGCGAGUCCGAGGGCACGGGCAAGAUGCUGGACCAGCUAAGGGCGGAGAAUGAGGAGCUCAAGGAGAUGAAUCGGGAUUUGAGCAUGUUUAUCAGUGGGCAGGAGAAGCUGCGCGAGAUGGAGAGGGGGGGGAUGGUCGAGCAGGCUGAGCUGGAGGACGGGACUGUUGGUGUUCCCGAGGGGAGUGGGGGGAAGAGGAAGGGGAAGGGGAGGAAGAAGUGA